AUUGUCGGGUGGUCGAGAGAAAGGACACCGAGGAGCCAACCAUGGGAGUAGAAAUAGAAACCAUAACUCCGGGCGAUGGACGGACAUUCCCAAAGAAGGGGCAGCGCGUCGUGGUGCACUAUGUCGGAACACUGGCAGAUGGGAAAGUGUUUGACUCUUCGAGGUCUCGAGGGAAGCCCUUCAAAUUUAAGAUUGGACAUCAGGAGGUGAUCCGUGGCUGGGAAGAAGGAGUAGCCCAGAUGAGUGUAGGUCAGCGGGCCAAGCUGAUAUGCUCACCAGACUUUGCCUAUGGCAGCAAAGGGCACCCAGGGAUCAUCCCACCAAACGCCACUCUAACCUUCGAUGUGGAGCUGCUUUGUCUGGAAGCCUGAAACUUGUGCACUCACUUUGUUUAAUUCCACUCAAAUUUUCAGGGUUGACUCCUAUCUCGGGAACAUGGAGGAAAAAUGUUAACAGAUGAUUCCUGCUCUUGAUUCCUUGCAUAGGACCUAUGUCUAUAGCCUCACUAGUUCACUCCUUUCCAUUUACAUACAAAUUGUGUUACGUCACUUGCUUUAAAACAUUAUACGUCAUGCUAUACUUUAGAUUCCAUACAGUAAUAAGUCAUAGGCCAUCCCAUCACAUGUGUUUUGUCAUAUUCUGCUAUGUAUUUUUAUGUUGUUUUUUUCUUGUUUUUGACUUAAAAGUUACAAAAUAUGUCUGCCAUCAGGACCAGGUUUUAAAUAAGUGUCAUACAUAUUGAAUCAGUCUCAUUCCUGUGGCUCUGUGGCCUUUACACUAAAAAAUUGUAUUGAUUGCGGGUAAUGAAUUGUCUUGAAUAAAUAGUUGUUUGACACAAUGAUAUUUCUAUGAAUUACCUUUGUGAUACUUGUUAUUGGAUUCAAUUAGAAAAGUGUGAAAUUCAUUGUAACCAGGGAUUCAUGAAUCAAGCACAUGAUUGCCAUUAAUAGCCUACAGGUCUCUGCAAAAUGUAGGAUUUGCUUUGUCUAUACCGCAGCAUCAAUUCUUAAUUUAUAAGAGUGAAAUAUGACUUUAUCGCUCAGAUGUUCACGACUGGACACUAUUCGUCUUGUUAUUUGCUUGUAAAACAUUUGGGGAAAGUUUAUUUUGCCAAAAAUAUGGUCAUGUUGGAAAAUAUUUGGUCUCUGGCAAAAAGGUUUCUCGACUUGCAGGGUAAGUUCCCCCCACAAAUAUUUGUAGGCACACCUUGGGGUUUGUGAUUAUGUUUAUUUCAAGGAGUUGUGUGUAACAAGCUGUGGAUGUUGUAAAGGUCUGUUCCUUACUCGAAACACAUUAAAAAAGAGUAAU